AUGCCCAGCAAAAAAGAAGAGAAAAAGCAUAGUAAAUCAGAACAAGAAAAUCACCAACAAAAAGCAAAAGAAACCAACCAAUUGCAAACUUCUACUUCAAGAAAAACACUUCGUCGUUUGCGAAAUCAACAGCAAAUUGAGAAAAUGUCGUCAAAAAUUGCAAAAGAAUGUCAUCGGUUGAAUAUAAAAUUUCUUGAUCGUGAAUUUGACCUUUCAGAAUACUAUUCUUGCCUUUAUAAUUUUUGUAAAGUAACUUAUACUUCGAUUAAUGACAUCAAGAGAAUAAGUAAACUUUUCAAAGAUGCAAAAUUUUAUGCUGAUGGUGUUAGCCCCGGGGAUGUUCAACAAGGAAUGAAGAUUGACGAUUGCUGCUUUUUAUCUGCAGUGUCCACCUGCACAAAUAUUUCAGGAGUCAUUGAAACUAUUUGUGUUGAACGUGAUGAACAAGUCGGGGUAUAUGGGUUUAUCUUUUUCAAGGACGGCGAUUGGGUUUCUACCAUCGUCGACGACCAGUUAUUCAUUUGGACUGACGUAGAAAACAAUACUUCGACUAUUUCUGCUGCUUCAUGUAAAGAUCCAAAUGAAACUUGGUUGCCAUUACUUGAGAAGGAAUAUGCCAAAAUUCAUGGAGAUUACAAAAGUAUUGAAGGCGGCACGAUAUCACAUGCUCUCGAAGAUUUAACCGGCAGUGUGUCUACAGACUAUGCAACAAGUGAAAUAUUAGAUACUGAUCGAUUAUGGAAGAAAGAUUUCCUCAAUGUAAACAGAUCGUUAUUAGCAGAACCGGACUUGGAAAAAACAAAAGAACUAUUAGACGAACAUGCAUACAGUAUUUUAGACGCAACAGAAUACCAAGGCACAAAACUAGUAAAAAUACGAAAUCAGUGGGGAAAAACGGAAUGGGCAGGUGAUUGGAGUGAUGGCAGUGAACUUUGGACCUCGGAAUCUAUGGCGGCACUGAAUCAUCGAUUUGGCGAUGACGGCAUUUUUUUGGAUCUCUUAUGA